AUGAGGAUCAUGGUGCUGGUGAUUGUGGUCCACUUGGUGGAUGCCUGUGGCCCGGGCCGAGGGAUCGGCGGCCAGCGUCGCGGCCGAAAGCUCACACCUCUCGUGUUCAAGGAGCACGUUCCCAACGUGUCGGAAAACACUCUUGGAGCCUCCGGAUUGCCCGAGGGCGCGAUCACGCGCGACGACGAUCGCUUUCGGGACUUGGUGCCAAAUUACAAUCGCGACAUUAUCUUUAAGGACGACGAGGGAACAGGAGCUGAUCGUCUAAUGACCCAGCGCUGCAAGGAGAAACUCAACACCUUGGCGUGGUCUGUGAUGAAUCAGUGGCCAGGAGUGAGGCUCAGAGUGACUGAGGCUUGGGCUGAGGAGCGACUGCACGGUCACGAAUCGCUCCACUACGAAGGACGAGCCGUGGAUAUCACGACAUCCGACAAGGAUAAGAGCAAAUACGGAAUGCUGGCCAGGUUAGCUGUUGAGGCCGGUUUCGAUUGGGUCUUUUACGAGAGUCGAGGCUACAUUCACUGUUCAGUAAAGUCAGACUCAUCGCAGGCUUCGUACACCUCAGGGUGCUUUACGGCGUCCAGUACGGUGGUGACGCAGUCAGGAGAGCGCCGCCGACUGGCGGACUUGAGGAUAGGCGAGCGAGUGUUGAGCAUUGACAGCGAGAGUGGGCGGCCAGUCUUCAGCGAAGUCAUGCUCUUCCUUGACCGAAACGCCGACGAGGAGCGACAGUUCAUGCAAAUCGAGGCAGAAGCCGGAACACACCUGACAGUGACUCCGAGUCAUUUGCUGAUGAGUGUGAACAGCGUGGGCCGACGAAGCUUCGUAUUCGCUGAUCGCGUGGAGGAGGGCGAUCUGCUGCUUGUGGCUGUAAAUGGAACGACACUGGUGCCCCGUCGCGUGACCCGCGUCUCAGUCACGCUGUCGCGUGGCGUGUUUGCGCCACUCACGCGCGCCGGCACGAUCAUUGUGGACUCCGUGGCAGCCUCGUGCUACGCUCUAGUCGAUAGUCAAGCGGUGGCUCACUGGAGCUUCCUGCCUGUGCGCGCUGCUAAGACCAUCAGUCGAUGGUUCAGUCCUGCCCAGGAGCCCGAAGCCUCGCGACAGAACGGCAUUCACUGGUACGCGAAGGCUCUCUACGCCAUUAAGGAUUAUAUGCUGCCCGCCAAACUGCUCCAUCAGCACUGAGACCGAGCGCCCAAGCUCUACAGCCAAUGCCCAAAAACCAUUCACAGAGACGCCGCUUGAGGAGGCGAGAGACAAUAAAUCACAUCCAGUGUACGUUUAAGCGCGCAAAACUCUUCUUUUUAAACAAAUUUAAAUAAUUUAUGCAAUUCUCACGCUGGCCAGUGACGAGUUUGAUGGACAUUUCAAUAAGUAAUAAAAUAUUGCGAAUAAGAAAAAGGUGAUAUAGAUUUUUCCCGUGUAAUUAAUUAAAAUUAUGUAAUUUAUCACUCUUUUUAUAUAUAUAUAUUUUAUACACAAGACGAAACUCUUCAUUUAAAAAAAAAACAUGAUAGGUUUAUUAAUGUAAAUACGAUGUCAUACUAAAGGAACAUGAUUAGGAAAUUUAUUGGAAAGGCGAGGAAAAAUGCAAAUAGUCGUUUUUUUUUAAAAUUAAUACCACUGCUAGAAGAGAGAUGAGAAGACAUAUUUAAAUAUUUAUAGUGACUUUUAUAAUGUAUAGAAAUUCGUCUAACUAAAGGGAUGUUAG